UGGAGGUGUUUUCGUUUAAUAUUGCGGAGAAAAAAUACAAAAAACAAAUAUUUUAAGAAAAUGUGAAUAAAAAAAAGAAAAUGUCUUUUUUUUAAAUAAAAAUUUUUAACCACAAACAACGAAUAUUUUUCAUUAUUUAAAACACUUAAACAUAAAAUCAAUUUUAAUUCAUCUCUUAAUAAAAUAAACUAAAAAAGUCUUAAAAUCAACAACGAAUUUAUUUUUUUUAACAACUGAAAAUCUAUGAAAGGAAACCUUUUAUUUUUUUAUUAAACAAGUGCCUUAAAGAUUUUCAAGUUUAAAAUCUCUCAAAAAAAGAACAAAAAAAUGUUAAAGUGUGAUAUUUAAAUAAAUCAAACAACAAUAAAUCCCCAACUAAUUUUAAUGUUACCAAUUGCUUAAAACUAAACUGAAAAAAUUCAACUUAACAAAAUGCCUGUUAGUGGUUUUCAAUACAAUACCAGACCCUAUAGUUCCUUUAGAGCUACAAGGGGUACUUGUACAGCAAAUUAUCAACAACAACAAAAUAAUACUGCUAAUAAUUGCAGUAAAACUACUUUAAAUGCCAGUAGCAGUAAUAAUAACAAUAAUACCCAUCAUACACCACCAACAGCGGGUCAUAGUUUACAGACAUCUGCUUCCUCCUCCUCAUUAGGUGUAAGAUCCAGUAACAACAAUUACUCAGGAGUUACCUCAAAUUUUCAAAGGCAACAGCCAUUUCGCAGUAGUUAUUAUGGCACACGUUACAAUUUAAAAACGGGAGAUAGUAACUUCACAACAACAUCUAGCUGUAAAGUGAAUUCUUCGUCAGCAGCGGUCUCCGCAACCGUUAAGCCUUUAACACCCAAAUUAGUCAGACGCAUUGAAACGACUUGUACAACACAUCAUACAAAACCCAAAGCCCCUGCACCGCCUAUAACCAAUGGUGUAUGCUGUACACCGCCCACUGCCCCUAAACAGUAUUUAAGAGCUAGAAAUCAACAGCAACCACCCACGCCCCCUUUAAGAAAGUCAUCGAAUUUUGAUCGUUUCCAUCAGGCCAAUUUAAGUAUUAGACAAAAGACUAACAAUCAACCGUCAUCACCACUCGUCAAUAAUAGUCGUUCUUCUUUCAUCAGUUCGAGUAAUGACUCCCAGGAUUCACAGGUCUUGCAGAAGUAUCAACAGCGCAGUGUUGUCCCGGCUGCUACACAAAAACGGGCCUACACUAACACAGUCAGUAAAGUAACCAAGGAAAAUCAGCCAAAGACAGCUGAUAAUAAUGGAUCUCAUAGCAGUGGACCUAUAAAGUCCAUAAAAUCAUAUCCUGCACCUUUGCCACCGCAAGGUACCCCUAAAGCUUUGCCACGCCGCAAAUGCAAAGAUGAUUCGAGAUUAAAUUCCGUAUCGGCCUCGCCCAAUCUCAAUAAUCGCCGCUUUAUUUCCAGUGUAGGCAUAAAUUCUUUUAAUGCCUCCUGUAAUCCCAAGGCCACACCGCUUUAUAGAAGAAAAACUUACGUACCUAGUACAAAUUCUAACACGAAUCACGCUACCAAUAACAGUGUGGCCAAUAGCAGUUUACACCUGCCAGGAAAAACAGGUAGUAAUUGCAGUAAUUCUAGUUCGGCCCAGUCUAGUGCCUCUCAGGGUUCUCCGAAAUCGAAAAAGGCCUUCUCUACCAAAUUUCCUCAAGGUUUGCCAUUUGAAGAUGAGUUCUAUCGACGACAUCGUUCCUAUUCACAAUCAUCCUCCAGUAAUUAUUCAUUUUAUUCAUCGAAUGGUGCUCAUUCCACUGCGCCUCAUACGCCUCAUGACUAUGACCGCGAAGAAGAUGAUGAAUUCCAAAGAAAACCCUCAACAGAUGAUGCUUUAUAUGUAGACUUUUCCAAGGUCAUGCAUACAAAUGACUAUAAAUCAACUAAAUCUAACUAUCAAACGACCACCAAAACACACACUUCUUCAUGGCUCAGAAGGGACUCGCCCUGUCGCAGCAGCCUUCACAACAACAGCAACAAAACAUCGAAUUAUGAUACUAGUCACGAUUCACCUCAUUCGUCACGACGCAACUAUCAUCAAUAUUUACCUCCCACUCCGCCUACAGUCCGCGCGGAUACCAACGCUUCUAUGCGUUCUAGAACGAAAUAUUCUCAAUCUAUAAACGAUUAUCUCUACACUAGUGAUGGUGGAAAACUGUGUGUCAACGGUUCACCUCAAAACACUAGUGAUAGUAGAAAAUCUCUUUUAUAUACAAAUUCAAAAAUAUCUUCAUAUUUGGAUCCUUUACAAAAUGCCGAUAAUGGCUAUUAUACACAUGCUUCACCAGAAUCCUCACCACCUUCAAUUACCACCACAAUGUCUUCGUCCAAACAGAUGACGACAACUACGACGAGGGAUUCGUAUAUGGCUGUUUCAUCAUCGUGGGCUCCAAAAUGUUCACAUCCGACUAAAGUGUUAAUACCCGCAACCUCUAAUUCCUCUGUAAGUGCCAGUAAUUGUGAUUCGAAUAAUAAUAAGGAUUAUCAUCAUCAGCGUAGUCAACAGUAUUGUCAGAAAGAGGAUUAUUAUGAGAAAUUCAAGAGAUAUAAUAGUGGUUCGAAAAUUUCGAAUGUGGCUGCAGCAGAUAAGUCGGAUGACAUUUUGGAGCUCACGAACAGUGAGUAUAGGUAAGUGUCUUAAACUAUUAAACUAAAUAAUAACAAAGGAUUGAUGUAAGUUUUUAUAAUACAAAAAAUCUGGAAAAGUUUAAAGGAAUAUAACUGCUUUUUUUUAAUAAAAAAUUUUAAUCUCAAGAAUUAAAAUAAAAAAAUAUUAACAUUUUCAAAACCAAAAAUAUAUAAUUCAUAACAUAAUUUCUUAUUCAACGUUCAUUCAUUCGAAGAACAAUAAAAUUAAUUUUCUUACUAAUUUCAUAAGAAUUGUAAACCAAAACAUACAAAAAAAUGGCAUAAAUU